AAUGUAAAUAAUAUAUUUUGGUGAAUUUAAUAAAGGAUUAAAGGUAGAUUAAUGGAAUUACAUGAACAUAAGUGAAAAUUCUAAUUAUACAAUUAUGUAAAUACAUAGUCAAAUUUACCUAUCUUCAUACCUUUCAAAUUAUAUUUACCAUUAUAAGUGACUUAAAAAUGAAAAUUCAAUCCUUCAUCAAGCUCUACCCACCUUCCAAUCUUUAUCAAACUCUUCUCUCCUUCACCAUAUGAUCCACAACUACUUAUACAUCCUUACAUUUAUGAUUCUUUGAAUACUAUAUCCUAUAUACCUACCUUCAGAACUUUCAUAUUAUUGACAUCAUUGUGAACAUACAUUUACCUUACUUUUUAUUAUCUUUUUUGUAGAAUCC